AAUUUUUAUUUGAAGAUUUGGUCGAUAUUUAGCAAUAUAUGUAUAUUAUAAUAGGACUAUAAUAAAAGCAUUAAAUAAUUUUUACAGCAAUAUAUUUUGCCGUAUUACAUUUAAAUAUCUAAUUGACUUUUAUCCUGCCAUCCUAAUCUACCUUUUUCGAUUACUACUCCUACUCCCAUUAACAAAAUUGGAAACAAAUGAACCUACCCCCCUCCCCCAAUUCCUCGAUGUAGACGCUGCUUACCAGUAUGAAUUGAAUUUGAUUUAGAAUUUAAAUAUUUAUCAUGAAGUUAUAUAACAUUCUCAUCGGAUUAAAAUAUAAAUCAUUUUAGUAAACACGUAACCAAGCGUUCCUUAGCGCUUCGGGUUUAUCAAUUUAUAGUAAUUAUAUAAAUUCUUAUUUUUAAUCAGCCACCUCUAGCUCAAUAUUGAGAGAAUAAAAAGAAAGGAUGAAGAGGUAGAAUAGCUGCCACGCCAAUCUCAAAAUUAAUGGAGUCAUACAAAAAAUCAACUCUUAGCAUAGACUGAACUUUCGAGAAUCCCAUUUUUAAAAUGACGUCGUUUGUCAUUUUAUCAUCUUUUUAAAAGCUUAAAUUCAGGAGUUUUGCAGGACCGCUAAAAAAAUUUUCAACUUAGACCGCAAAAAUCUUAGCACGGCUUUGGGUAUAUUUUAGCAAAUUGUAAUUAUAAUUAUGGCGAUGAAUCAACCGGGCAAUAUUUAAGAGCCUUUAAUUGGUGUUUCAGUAAAACAUGUUACAUUCAGGCAUAAUUUUUAAAAAUAAAGUGACUGCUGGAUUGAUUGUUAUUGGAGAUGAAAUCCUUAAAGGCCUUACUAAAGAUGAAAAUUCGUUUUAUGCAUGUCGACAACUUUUCGCAAUGGGAAUAUUUCUGUCUAAAAUAUCAACGAUAGGAGAUAAUAUUAUUGACUUAGCCAAUGAGGUGAAAACUUUUUCGAAAUCUUUUUCUUAUGUUAUAACAUGUGGAGGAAUAGGUCCUACUCAUGAUGAUAUUACAUAUGAAGGGGUAGCUAAAGCGUUUAAUCAAGAUGUUCAAUUAAAUGACUUGUAUUAUAAAUUUCUGAGAAAAUUUAAACCACAGUACAAAAAUAUUGAUUCUUCAUAUUUUAAAAUGGCAAAGAUUCCUAAAUUAGCAAAAUUGCAUUUUUCACCCUGUAAAAAUAAUUUUCCCUUAGUUUCUCUUGAAAAUGUAUAUAUCCUACCUGGUAUUCCAGAUUUAUUCAAAAAUUCAUUUGAAAUAUUUAAAGAGGUAUUAUAUAUUGAACACAAUGGUUCUCUUCCUAAAUUUUAUUUAAAAUCAAUAUUUCUUAAGAAUAUUGAUGAAACUAUUAUUGCUGAUACAUUAUCACAUAUUAUAAACAAAUAUUCAUCUGAUGGACAGCUAAAAAUUGGAUCCUAUCCAGAAUUAAACAAUACAGAGUUUACUGUUAAAAUCACAAUAUUUUCUCCAGAUGAAACUUUAUUCAACAAAGCAGUUAACAAUUUACUUUCUGAACUCCCAAAAGACUCGAUAUUAAGCUAUAGUCCACCAACAAUAGCACAAAAUUAUUCACAAAAUACUUAUGCCAGUGAUAAUUUUAAUAAUUUUAUUCCACAUUCAAUUCAAUUGGAUUGCAAUUUUGUUUAUGAGAUGGUGAAUGAUCCAAAAUUAAAUGAAAAAUUUAGAAAUAAAUUAUCGAAUUCCAUCUCAAUUUUAGAACAAGUUCUAAUUUUAUACAAAUUUCCUGAAGCUUUGUGUAUAGCUUUUAAUGGUGGAAAAGAUUGCUGCGUGUUAUUGCAUUUAUGGUAUGCCUUUUUACAUAAAAAAGGAAAGAUUGAUCUUGAUCCCAAUUUACAUCAAGGUAAGCCUUUACAAGCUUUAUAUAUUAGACAAAGUCUGCCUUUUCCAGAAGCUGAGGAAUUUAUUUACACAACCAGUCAAAGAUAUCAAUUAAAAUUGUCCAUAUUUGAAAACGAUUAUAAACAUUCAUUGUUGCAAUUAAAACAUCAAUACCCAAUUAUCGAAGGCAUUCUUAUGGGUACUAGAAGGAGUGAUCCUAAUACAAAUGGAUUGACACCUUUCAGUCCAACGGAUAAAGAUUGGCCAUCUUAUAUGAGGAUAAACCCGCUUUUAGAUUGGGAUUACAAAGAUAUAUGGGAAUUUAUUAAUUACAAUAGUAUUCCUUACUGCAUUUUAUACGAUAAAGGUUAUACUUCAAUAGGCAAUAUGGAUGACACAUUUCCAAAUCAGAGCCUCAGAUAUACCAAGCCUAAUGGAAUUAUUUCUUACAAAUCUGCUAAAUAUUUAGAAGAACACUCACACGAAAGACACGGGAGACAGUCAUGCAAAUAAAUUAUUCGAGAAAAAAUUCGAUUUAUUUUGUUGAUUAAUUAUAUUUAUAAUAAUAAUAUGUACAUCUACAUUACAUAUACUUUUUUAAAUAAAAAAAAUUCAUACAGGUUUGAACAUUUUGAAUUAUAUUAU